UUCCUGAUGAUGUCGACACGAUGAGAAGACUCGGAAUUCCUCUGGAGUCGUUUAUUCUCAUUUCGAUCGUUAUCGGAGAAGUCGUUGAUUCCAGUACUGAUUACAGGUCGAAAGAAACUCCAGAAAAAUUCCUGAACCUGGAGAGCCCCUCAGACACUAUAAUUCUCCGUAAAAAACGUACGAUAAGAUAUGAAGACCUUCCCUUGAGCAUCCGAAAGCGCCUAGCUGAAAAUUUAGAAACAAUAUCGGAUUAUGAGGACGACCUGUACGACGAGGACUCCAAAAGUUCUGAGCCCUUAAGUAGAAGAGGUCGAGAAGCCCUAGAUGUUGACGUGACUGACACCGAGAAUUCCCGAGUGAAACGGGAAAAAUCGUUCCCCGAGGAAAAUGGUUCCGUGAAGACGAGGGUAAACCUGGAGAAAGCAAAGUCCCAGCUGGAAAGAGUGGAGAAAAAAGUGGAGAAUGAGAUCAGGAGCUUGAGGAAACGAGGGAAAUCCUCUAAAAGUGCUGAGACCGAGAAGAAACGUCAGAUUCUGUCCAACAAUUCACUAGCGUCUCACCCUCGUCUCCUGAAAAUUGAAGUUGACACUUUCGAAAUAGGUCGGGAGUCUCCAAGAGACACUCCAGGAGCUGUCGAUAUAUUGGAAAAAUCUGCAGGAGAUAAAAAUUCAGGGGAGAGCAAGCUGGAGUUUCAGAAAGAAGUCAGACGACAAGUCCCUUCCUCUGAACCUGAAGAAAAGGAUAAAGUCGAUUCAACGAGAAUCGAGGACCAGCUGCAGAGACAAAUCGAUGCUGUGAAGGAGAGGGUCAAGCAGGAGUUCGAGGAGAAGCUGAAGAUCAGAGAAAUCGAGACGAAUAAUGCGAGAUACGAUGAACUGAUGCGACUGGAGAGGGAAGAGCAGGAGGAUGAGGGGCUCGACGACAAGGAAAAACGACUGGAAGAUCUCUCUGGAAAUUCUGAUUCUGACCUGCAUGAGCUCCAGGAUGUUAGAGCUCCACAUGACAGUAUCCGAAAGAGAUCAGCUGGAGAUGACGAGUCUGAGGACGAGGAGAUUGAAGAGGAGAUUAAAUUCAGGAGGAAGGGCAACCCGAAAACUCGAAAAUUCAGAAAGUCCGUGUUACCCUCUCACAGAAGCCUUGGCGUUGAUGAGAUGUCAGAGUCUGAGGCGAAUCGAUUUAUCCGCAGGUCCGAGGGAUUGGGUGAGGGCAGGAGAUUAAAACACUCCAGGUUGGGUGGGAGGCAGGAGAUGCGGAAAAGUUUUCUCUUUCCUGGCCGACUGUACACGAGACCCCGGAGGGAAAAUUCCCGGAGGAAGAGAAAAAGAGGUCAACAUAAGCAUCGGAGACAGAGUAGAGGUAGAGGGAGGUGGGAAAGGGCUGCUGACGAGCUUCUGAACGAGGUCCAAUCAGAUUCAGUGGCUGAUGUCAAUUCUCCUGUUGAUGACGCAAAUUCUCAGGAUCUUGGAUUACAGAUGGUCCCAGAGUACCAAGAGGCCUUUGGAGGGCUCCCCAAUGAUCCCAGCGGUCCUUUAACCCGAUACAAGAGAAUCAAAAGAACCUCCUGAUCCCACGUAAACAAUUACUCGAAUAAUCAUUAACAUUAUUAGAAUAAUCACGACUCAUAAAUAAGUUAGGGAUCGAAUAAAUAAUUAUUUUGAUAUUUAACGACAA